GCGCUGAAACUGCUAGCGCCAGUUAGCCUUGUUAGCUUUAUCAGCUGUAAACAGCCGUUAGUUUUAAACGAGCUUAAUUAAACUGUUUAAUGUUAACCGUUGGUGUUUAAACUGAUGUGAAGCUUUAAUAUAAUUUAAUAUAAUUUAAUAUAAUAUGAGUUUAUAGUCUGAAACGAGCUAACAGCGGCUAGCCUGUUAGCCUGCUAGCUACAGCUCAGAUACAGGCUAACGGCUAACACGGCCCGUGAGCCAGUGGGAGGAUGAUAAAGUUCGUGCUGAUGGUGAACCGGCAGGGUCAGACUCGUUUGUCUCGUUACUACGACCCGGUGGAGCUGAGCCGCAGAGCGCCGCUGGAGGCCGACGUGGUGCGAUGCUGCUUGUCCCGGAAGAAAGACCAGUGUUCCUUCGUGGAGUACAAAGACUUCAGACUGGUUUACCGCCAGUACGCGGCGCUCUACAUCGUGGUGGGAGUCACUGACAGCGAGAACGAGCUUUCCAUCUACGAGCUGGUUCAUAACUUCGUGGAGGUUUUAGAUAAAUACUUCAGCAGAGUGAGCGAACUGGACAUCAUGUUCAACCUGGACCGGGUCCACGUGAUCCUGGACGAGAUGAUCCAGAACGGGAUCGUCGUGGAAACGAACCGAAGCCGCAUCCUGGCGCCGCUCACCGCUCUCGACAAGAUGGCCGACGGCUGAGACGAGUCAUCAAUUAACCAAUCAGACGACGGCGUGAAGAUCAAAGAGAAACUGAUCAAUUAAUUAAAAAUCUGAAUGUUUAAAUUUAAACUCGUUGAAACUUUAAAUCAUAAAAAGUCACAAACUGAUGAUUAAUCACUUCCUGCUGCU